AUGAUCAGAUCAAAACAUGAAACAUCGUUCGAGCGUGCCUUUAUUAAUGCAAGAACUAAUCAAAUAAAACGAAACAUACCGUUUACAGUCUCAUAUACUGGUAAAAUUAUAUUAGUACCCGAGUCUGAUAUGACUAUUGAUUUACCAAUCAGAGAACAAUUACAAUUUUUAUCAAAAUAUAUUGUUAAAAUUUGUGUCGAAUAUGAACACGAUUUUACCACAAUUCGUCUAGGCGGAUCUGGAUUGAUUAUCGAUGGUCAAUAUAUAAUCAGCGCAGCACAUGUGUUCAACCCUUUACGAGAUAAUGAACGUCAAAUUCCGUACCAGAAAAUCAAAUUUGCAUCGUUAACGCUAGCGUCGGAUCAUUUAUUUGUCUCAAGUAAUGAACAUGUAUUCGAAGCCGAAAUGGUGUUUCGGGGUGUUUCAGAUAAUGGAUUACAACCCGAGAAUGUUUGUUCAGUGGACGAAGACUUCGCCAUUCUUCGAAUUUGUGAUUAUGAUGAUGUAAAAAAUAAGUUAUUUUUAACAAAUCAAAGCAAUUAUUGUCCUCCACGAGUAUUGAAUAAAGAGGAGCUCAAACUGAAUUCCCAACUAUUUUUACUUUCCUAUUGUGGAGUAGUAAGAAAAAUUGAAGAUGUUGAAUAUUAUGAAUAUUGUUCGCAGUAUCCAGCGUACACACGUGAAAAUUUAAAUUGUGCUAUGUAUCCAGAUCAUAAAUCAGUAUCUGUUGGAAAAUGCUUAGAAAGUGGGAAUGAUUUUUUCAGUCACGAUUGUCCAUCAUUACGAGGUUCCAGUGGCGGCGCUAUUUUUGAUAUCAAUGGGCGAUUUGUUGGUUUGCACACUGGUGUUAAGCCAGAUGAUAUUCAUUAUAAUAUUCAAGGCAAAAAACGUUUACAACCAGAUGCACUCAAUCAAGCAUUUGCAGCUUAUUCAUCUCGAUUGAAACAAUGUAUAGAAAGUAAAAUGACAUGGAAGUAG